AUGUUGCCACGGAUAGCAUUGGCCAGGUUGGUGAGCCGAACCGGUGCCACCAUCGGUACAUCUGUAAGCAGUUACUGUACCGCACCGAAGGAUCCAUCUUUUGCGACGGUCCAACCCAAGAAGAUCAACUACGAGCGAAUCGGGAUCGUUGGUGUGCCGUUCGAUAAGGGGCAGCGAAAGAAGGGUGUUGGGCUGGGCCCGAAAGCGAUCCGAGAUGCUGGCCUGAUUGAUCACAUCCAGGAGAUAUCGCCCAAGCUGAAUAUAAAGGAUUACGGUGACAUCCAGUACGAGGCACUCAACUUCAAUGGGCGCAAAGUGGGCAACAUGAAGAAGCUGGAACAUGUAGCUAGCUGUAGUCGCAAUUUGUCCCACCAGGUGACGGAAGUGCUCGAUGACGAUCGGUUGUGUAUUACGCUCGGUGGAGAUCAUGCGAUCGCGAUCGGCUCUAUCGAUGGGCAUCUGCAUCACAGCAAAGAUGUGGCCGUGAUUUGGGUGGAUGCUCAUGCGGAUUUGAAUACGAACUCAACCUCACCAUCGGGAAACAUUCACGGCAUGCCGGUAGCGUUGCUUGCCCGUGAGCUGUGUGAUUACUGGCCGUACAUACCGGGCAUGGACUGGCAGGAACCGAUUAUCUCCAUCAAGAAUCUCGCCUACAUUGGAUUACGGUCGGUGGAUCCGUACGAGCGGGCGAUCAUCGAGAAGUUCGGCAUCAAUGCGUUCGGUAUGCGUGAGGUGGAGAAGUACGGCAUACGUGAGGUGAUGCGUAUGGCGCUGGAGCGUAUCGAUCCGGAAGGGCAGCGUAGCUUGCACGUGAGUUACGACAUCGAUUCGCUGGAUGUACUGGAAGCUCCCAGCACGGGCACGAGUGUGCGUGGUGGGUUAACGUUACGCGAGGGCAUCUACAUCAUGGAGGAAGCGUACGGCACGGGACGGCUGGCAGCGGUCGACCUGGUGGAGGUAAAUCCGGCCAUCGGAACACCGGAGGAUGUACGGCGCACGGUGGAAGCGGCCGUACAUUUGCUGGUAGCUGCAUGUGGCCAUAGCCGAAAGGGUGACAUCGCCGAUACGCUGGAUCUGAUACAAAAGUGAUGAAGUGUAACCAAAAUACCCCAUAAACUGCCAUAAACCCUUUUUUC